AUGGCCUUCAGCGGCUUCGGCAACUCGAACCCUGCUGGAGGGAGCGCGCAGGCGGAGCUUGGCCCGGAGCUCUCAGAUGUCUUUACUGAUGAGAUUGGCUUCAAAGGUAUCUCCGGUGACUGCAAUAUUCGCUUCCUCCCCACCCCUUGGCCUACCGAUGCCCUUCCCUCCUCCACCUGCUCUCUGUUGGCUGUUGCGCAAAGCAAAGGCCUCGCAGUUGCCGCCGGACCCGAUGCGCUAGUUGUCGCAACCACCGAAUCCAUUCGCAAAUCCAUUGAGGCAUCGCCCGAGGGAGAGAAAGUGAAAACAAAGUCAUUGAAACCUCUUGCGACCAUCCCGCUACCUUCUCGCCCAACACACAUCGCUUUCAACGCGAGUGACGACGCGUUAAUUUUGGCCACCGAGAAUGGCUCGCAGAUUUCAGUUUUCCAAACAACAAGCCUUACACAGGAUAACGCGCAACCUGCUCUAUCCGUCUCAACCAAUGGCGCUUCGAUUCGCGCUCUGGUCCCAAACCCCGAUCCCACCUCCAAUCUCGUCGCCCUCGUCACAGUGAAUGGUGAAUUGUUAGUCGCUGAUCUGAAGGCGGGCAACUUGGUAUCCGGAGCCAAUGGCCCGAUUCUCCGGAACGGUGUCAGCUGCGUUGCUUGGAGCAACAAGGGUAAGCAGCUUGUUGCUGGGUUGGCAGAUGGAACAGGGGACCAAAUGACAGCCGAUGGAACCAAGAAGGCAGAAAUCCCCCGGCCUACAGAUCUGGAGGGCGAAUGUCAUGUUUCCUCUAUUUCAUGGCUGGAGAACGAUGUUUUCUUCGUUAUCUACACUCCCAACUCCCUUGAUGAUAUGGGUCAAAAUCCUCCCUCAUCUCCAUACAUCAUCACGAGACGCAAGGGUGCACCCUUUUUGAUACAAAGGUUGCCUGAAGUGUGUUCGACUCUCGGAUUUGGCGUGAACCGAGGCCCCGCCUACCAGUUCAUAACUCGGCUUCGCGACUAUCAACCUCACAUGAAAGAUGUCCUGAUUGUCUCGUCCACCGCAUCUGCCGAUGUAGGUCUUGUCACACGAUGCGAUCAACCACUUGCCGAUGAUGAUAUCUCAAGAGGCCUUGUUGGACAGUACGUGACUACAGAGAUCAAUAAUGAUAGUCAAAAAGCUGCUGUCCCACUGAGAGAUUCAGUCGACGAGACCUCCGUCAUUGGUCUGGCCGUCGAUCUUUCGAGUACUGAGAAUGUCUAUUCGCCAAUUCAAGGGCAAGAGGAAGAAAUCCCAGAGAGCUCAUCCCCUCUGCCAGGCUUGCUUCUCCUGAAUAAUGAUGGCGUUCUUUGCUUUUGGUGGUUCAUCUACAACCAGGCCAUCAAGCAACAUAUCUCAUACUCGGGGCUUGUGUCAGGUGGUCAAGCCCAACAAUUCUCUGCUUCAACAUCGACCCCUGCUCCUCAGCAGUCUGCUUUUAACCAGGCGUCUCCGGCACCGCAGCAGCCUGCUUUCGGCCAAUCUUCUUUUGGUCAAUCUUCUCCUUUUGGUGCCUCUGCUUUCGGCAAGCCAGCUGGAGGUGCUUCUUUCGGCAGCCCAUCUACCAUGGGCGCGACCGCCUUUGGCAAACAAUCAGGCCCGGCCUUUGGAAGCCCAUCUCCAAUGGGAGGUGCUCCUGCAGGUCCUGCCUUUGGACAACCAUCCGCGCCAGCUCCAUCCUUUGGAACUCCUUCUAAACCUGGAGCGACAUUUGGCACUGCUGGCACCCCAGCACAGCCGGCAUUCGGCCAGUCAGGCUUCGGAACACCCGCUUCUAGCUUUGCACAGCCUAACACUCCAGGAAAGAGUCUUCUUGGAGCUGGCGGUGGGUCUACUGGCGGUGGCUUCAGCUCGUUCUCUGGAGGUGGUGGAGGCGGAUUCUCGAGCUUCGCCACCUCCAAACCAGGGGAGUCUUCCUUCUCAAAGCCUGGCGGCGAAAGUUCAUUUGGUAAACCAUCUGAACCCUCCCCAUUCGGCAAACCUGUCAACGAUUCCGCCUUCUCCAAGCCUGCCGGUGAAAGCUCAUUUAGUAAACCAUCUGAGCCCUCUCCAUUCGGCAAAUCCGUCAACGAUUCCGCCUUCUCGAAGCCUUCUGGUGAAAGUUCAUUUGGUAAACCCUCCGGGCUCUCCCCGUUCAGUAAACCUGUCAACGAUUCUGCCUCAAAGCCUUCUGGAGAGAAUGGGUUUGGUAAACCUUCCAGCACACCUCUUUUCAAUAAACCUGCCGCCAGUUCCCCAUUCUCUUCGGUUGCUACCAAUGAGACCAAGAGCCCGUUUGGACAGUCUAAUGACUCGCCAUUCCCAUCAGCAGGGGCCGGUCAGCUCAAGAACCCAUUUGGUAAGCCUUCCAACGAUUCUUCUUUCCCUGCCCCCAGUGCCAGCGAGACGAAGAACCCGUUUGGCAACCAGAAGACAGAUGGUUUCGUCCUUGGAUCUUCCUUCAAGCCAGAUGGCACUGCCGCCAAUGAUGAAGCGAAGUCCAAUAAGCCUUCUUCUGGGGCCCUCUCGCUUGGUGCCUCCGAUGAGAGUGAACCUGAAGAGCCUGCCAAUAAGGAACCAUUCUCCAUCUUCGGCAAGCCUUCAAACCAGGCUCCAUCCAUGUUCAGCCCUCUGAGCUCAGAGAAUACGAAGUCGACCAAGGUGGAAACAAGCAAAUCGAAGUUUUCAUUCUCCAACAAUAACUCCAGUACUGCCAUGUCUAGUUCCACACAGAACCAAGUGACUAGUCCUCUGUCGGCGCUUUCCGACAAGACAGCGACACCGAGACGGGAGCAGUCUGUUUCUACGCCUACCUUUGAUUCAUCCUUCGAUGCCCCACUACCGCCAGAUCCCAUGAGCAGGGCUAGCUAUGCAGCUGGCGAUACCUCCGCAUCCUCCAACCCCUCCUCGCAAGAAGACGCACCCCUUCCUCCCGAUUUCCUUAACCAGAAGAAGUCUUCGCCUAAGUUGGAUGAUGCUCCACUUCCCCCCGAUUUCAUUACAAAGAAGCCAGCACCGGCGGCCGACGAUGCUCCCUUGCCGCCAGAUUUCUUGUCAAAGCCCAAGAAGGCUGAGAGCCCUCUCGCGGCCCCGGAGGAGGCACCUCUACCCCCUGACUUCCUCACCAAGGUGAAGACUGAGCCUAUUGAGGAUGAGGAGGCCGUUCCGAUCCCUGAUGGUUCUGACGCGGACUCUGAAGGCGAUGAAUCCGACUUCUCUGACAGCGGUGAAGAAAUUACUCAUGACGAGACCAAGGUCCCGAGCCCGGAGGCUUCUGCUGAGAGUUCGUUCGGCGGCAUAUCAGAGAAAAGUGCCACGGGUGGGCUUUUCAGUGGUUUCUCCAAGGCCGCUGCCCCCAAGGAAGGCCAGCAGGCUCCCCGCAAGCUAUUUGGCGAAAUUCCGAAGCAACCGCUCCUCCCGCCUCCUGGGCCAAUUGCUCAGAGCAAUCGCGAGCCGUACCGAUCCCCCAGUCCUACUCGCCUCAACUCCCAGCGAAACACAAUGUUCUCAAAGAAGCCCGAACAGCACAAAGAGGCUGGAAGUGCCUUAGCGACUCGAAAAGCUUCGUUAACACGGAUUGCUCAGCGUGACGGGCAGCUACGCAAACAUAGUAAUACUUCGCAAGACGAGAAGAUUCGUGCCAGACAGGCCGUACAACGACAAGAGGAAGAAGAAGCCCUCUCCCUGUCAGACGACGAUGAAGACGAGCGGCUCCGAGAAACGGCCAAGCCCGGCAUUCCUGGCAUGAUCGAACGUCUCUACCGUGACAUCAACUCGAUGGUCGAUACGCUGGGCAUUAAUGCGCGAUCUCUGGAUUCAUACCUGCUCUACCAGCAGCCUUCUCAAUCUUCGCAGGUUGCCGCAUGGGUGGAAAUCUUGAAGAGCGAACAGCCCUCCGAUAUCCUUGACGAGAAAGCAUUUCUACAGAACAUCACCAAUCUUGACGAUGUUGUCGCCGCUCUUCGCACCUCUCUCAAUGACCAACGCGUGCAGGGUGUAGAAGAGAAGCUUGCACAAUGCCACGAGUUGUUGACCAAGGAUAUCGUUAGUCUACGAAGCCUGUUUGCCAGUAUCCGGAAGAUCCUCGAUGCUCAUACCGACACCGGUUCUAUCAUUGCGGCACCUCUUUCCGCCGAGCAAGCUACACUCCAGCAGGAUCUCCGUACCAACUUCACUGAGAUACAGGCAAAGAUGGCUGGUCUUGAAGAAGGCGUGUCCUUGCUACGGGCCAAGAUCGCAGAUAUUCCCCGUACCGAUGGAACAUCUGCUUCAAAUAGAAAGCGACCCACCGUUGAAGCUGUUGCUUCUACUAUCGCUACUAUGAUGAGCAUGGCUGAGGGCAAGAGCAGUGAUAUUGAUGUCCUCGAAGCUCAGAUGCGGAAACUUGGCGUCGACGUCUCCACAGUAUCCAGCAGCCGCGAAGGAUCCCCCUUUACAACUCCACGUAAGAAUGCGGGUCGUUUCCCUGCAACCCCCGGCUCGCGUGGAUCUGUCGAUGGUAGCUCCUAUCACACACCUGAAUCUGCCUCACGCGGCGUUAAUUUCCGGGCAAGCAUGAAUGGCUCAGCGAAACACAGCCGCCUUCGUAGUGUCGAGGGCGUUGGUCAGAUCGCUGUACAGGAAGAGACUUCCCGCUGGAAGUCGAAGAAUUCCCGCCGCCAGCAUUUGGUAGGCAACCUGAAGGCUGCCAUCGAGAAGAAAGAUGUCAAGCUACGUACCCUGGAUGAGGAUUGGGUCGUCGUGGACAAGAAAUAA